GAUCACUGAGGAGAGGGCCCUUCCCUGAAAGUGGAACACAGCGUACACGGACAGCUGCGCUGCCGCUUUGUGCUAGAUUGCUGGCCUUGUCACCCACAGGCAUGAAUUAGUGAUAAGGAAUGUUUCAAGCCAUGAGGAGGUGUCAGGAUCAGAUAGGCAGACAGACAGACGGCAGGACGGAUACACGGGUGGGGGCUGUGCUUGGCGGCUCGGCGGCAGGCUGGUGGAAGAUGUCGUCAGGGGCCGGUGGGAGAGGAGGAAGGCGGCUCCGGGGUAUAACAAGCACUGGGGGCGGGGGAAGGCGAGGAGGAGCAGGAGAGGCAGAGGAAGGUCCUGUGGGGAUCCCUUUCCCUGAACACAGCGCAGACGUCCUGGGCAGCCUGAACAAGCAGAGGCUCAGCGGCCUCCUUUGUGAUGUGCUCUUAGUCACCCAGGACCAGGAGUUUCCGGCUCACCGCUCUGUCCUCGCAUCCUGCAGCUCUUACUUCCACAAACUCUUCACUUCGGGGAUCGCCGCCGACCAACAGAACAUCUACAACAUCGACUUUGUUCCAGCGGAGGCCCUGGGAGCUUUGCUGGAUUUCGCCUACACGGCGACGUUGACUGUCAGUCACAGCAGUAUUGCUGACAUCCUUGCUGCUGCACGCCUCCUGGAAAUCUCUCCUGUCCAGGAUGUCUGUACUCACCUGCUGGACACCAAAGUGCUCUCCCCGCCGGCGGGCAGUGAGCGAAGAGACGAAGACGAAGAGGGGAAAUGCAGAGGAGUCAAGGAGCAGGGGAACCGAAACCGAGCCCGGGAGUACCUGGAGUACUUCCAGAGAGGGGCGCACUGGAGCAGCAGCUGCAGCACGCCAGAGCUCAGGGAACUGCCCACACACCUGCACUUUAAUCAUGGUAACGGUAGCACCCCCAGCAAUGGGACUCCUGCUGGCCCCGGAGAGUACUACUCCCCCCUGGCCCUGGCCUUGUCACAGCCCCAUGCACAAGAGCCAGAGGAAGAGGAUGAGGAUGAAGAGGAAGAUGAAGAGGCAGUUAAGGGCAAUGGAGUCAACCUGGGGUCCUCAUACUACCCUUCAUCUCAGAACGGCCACUUCUACCUCCCCUCCGAGUCUCGGCAGGAGACAGAAGUGGAGGACGGCUGUAGGGAGGUGAGGGAGGGAGGUUCUGCCAGCGCCCUGCUACAACAAAUGAUGGACUCCAUUGAGAGGCAGAAGAGGCGUGCAGCAGCCGGGGAGGAGCAGGGAGACGGGGACGACCCCGACAUGGAAUUUUACUUGAAUUAUUUUAGCAGCACGCAGCACGAAGACGCAGCUUCCGCUUCGCUUAUGCACAGUGUGCCGUCGCUGUGGAUGUCACGAGGCAACGCAGGCCAGCACACGGCGGUGGGAGAGAGGGUGGGCGAGGAGAGAGGAAACGGAACCGGAGGAGGUGGAGGGGAAAGAAAGAUGCGCUCUAAGGCCUUUCAGAAGUGCCCCAUAUGCUCGAAGGUCAUUCAAGGUGCAGGCAAGCUACCGCGCCAUAUCAGAACACACACAGGAGAGAAACCCUAUGAAUGCGCCAUCUGCAAAGUGCGCUUUACCAGGCAGGACAAGCUCAAGGUUCAUAUGCGAAAGCAUACAGGAGAGAAGCCUUACCUGUGUACACAAUGUGGAGCCGCCUUCGCUCACAACUAUGACCUGAAGAACCACAUGCGUGUCCACACUGGCCUCCGCCCCUAUCAGUGCUCAAGCUGCUUUAAGACAUUUGUGCGUUCAGAUCACCUGCACCGCCACCUUAAGAAGGACGGUUGCAAUGGCAUCCCCUCCCGCCGGGGCAGAAAACCACGGGUGAGAGAACCGGGGCUCCUGGAAGCCCCCCAGAGCCUUCUGAGCCCCAGCCCCGAAACUGGGCCCGGACCUCGCACUAUCAGGGGACGGCGGCGCUCCGACGCAUCCGCAGAGAUGGAGGCUGCUGCUGAGGAGCACAAACACAGUCCUCAGCUGCAGGAGCUGGGGGGAGAGACAGGACCCUGAGCCUGCAGGGGACCACCAGAACGCUGCUGGACGCCACAGUUGCUCUGCACGGCCUGUGAGACAGGCCGUUGGACAGAGAAGACAAAAAAAUAAACAUGCAAAGGCAAUUUAAAAAGACAAAACAACUAACUAUUCCUCUAUAAACCAAAUCAGGGUGUCACAGAUCUCUAAUCUUUAUAUUUCUCUCUCCUUUUACUUUAGGAAUUGGAAUAGACUUGCAAGCACUUCAUUUGUUUUAUUUGUUAAAGAGGAAAGAACGCUUCAAAUCAUCCACCCGUGACGUCCACUUUCUGGGCUUUAUCUCUUUAUAUUAGACUCUUUCUUUUCUUUUUUUACAUCAGCAUAUGCAGUUAGGCAAGUGUAUGAUAGAUACAAAGAAACACCAAACAACUAUGCAGUUGAUUUAAAUUUUUAUUGGUUUUGUCCUCACAGCCUUCAAGCUCUGAGAGAGGUGACUGUCACGCACCUUCUGGCUGCUGUACCAGUGAAGCCAGGACAAAUCCUCCCAGCAGCAACUCUAUUUUUUUUUCUAUUCUUUCGCAGCUUUGAGAUGUACAGUUACCAUAGAAACAACAUUUCCACAAUAUGGUAUAUGCAAGGAAAACUCACCAAUGUUUUGAUGCAAGACCGUUUUUAUUCCGUCUUAAUUGUUCCAGAAAGAAUCAGGCGAGGGGUUGAUUGAAGUGUUACUUACUCUAAAAAAAAUGUUGUUGUUUUUUUUUGUUAUUGUUUUUUUGUAAUCGGUGGUUUGUCUUAUUGAAAAACGAGUUUGGCUUGAGUUGAAUCCACUUUAGCGGGAGCUCAUCGUUCGCAGGAAGAGUAUGGCGAGGGGUGGAGGGUUUGUGUUUUGAAGCACUACCGUUCUUAAUGUAUCUGUCGGCUUAACUACAUGGCCUCCUGUCCCUCACAGCCCUGCAAUGUCAGAGUUUGUUUGACCUGUUGAUUUUGUCUUAAUUCUUUAUCUUUUUUUUUUUUUUUUUUUUGUUCCUUUGGGUACUCGACACUUUAUAAUUGUAUACGUGUGUAUAUAGCAGAUGCUGAUAUGGCAUUGGCCCUUCUCUCACUGAGGUGUACUCACUAAUUUUUCCUUUUUGGCUUGAUGUUAGUUUUCUCAGACACAGUUGAAGUUUUGGGGUGAAAGAAACAAAG